UAUUUUAUAUUUAGAGGAUACAGAACAUUCUAAUCCAACUAGCAAAAAAAGAAAAAGAAAAAAAAAAGAGUAAACAAAUUAGGGAUAAGGGAGGAAAACUCUGUAUCCGGCCGUCUCAUCAGAUUUCUCUCAUUUUUCUUGUAACGUUUGGUUUCGUCUCUACUUGGUUAUCUUCCCCAGAAAGUUCAGAUCUUAUUUUAUUUUUUUUUGGUUUGAAAAGAUACUGAAUCAAGUUUUCUCAUAGCAAUCAGACGAUAAUCGAAUCAGAAGACCCUUUUUUGUUUUCUUCCGUUUCGUUUUUCGUUGAUAAUGAUGGGUAACUUUUAGUUUGUUUUUUUUUUUUAAUAGCAUAAUCGAUUAGAUAUUACUUGGUCAAUUUCGCAAAUCGAUUUGGGUCAAAAAUUUCUGAUCGAUUCAACGAUUCGAUCUGGGUAAAUCAUUGAUUGGAUCAAGCUAGGGAACACGAUCGAAGAUUUGGGUCUACUUGGGUUUUCUCGGGGCUAGAGAUCUGAGGAGACAUAAUCAGCUUUAAGGGUUCGAUUCGAGGUGAAUUAGGGUCAAAUAGAUCGAAGAAAGAAGGCUACUUUUGAUUGGAGAGAAAGCAUGGAUCGUGUUGUUGGUGGAAAGUAUAAGCUGGGACGUAAACUAGGGAGUGGAUCAUUUGGUGAACUCUUUCUAGGAGUGAAUGUGCAAAAUGGAGAAGAAGUUGCUGUCAAGCUUGAACCUGCACGAGCUAGGCACCCUCAGCUUCAUUAUGAGUCAAAGCUCUAUAUGCUUCUUCAAGGAGGAACUGGUAUUCCGCAUUUAAAAUGGUACGGUGUCGAGGGUGAAUACAACUGCAUGGUGAUUGAUCUUCUGGGCCCUAGCCUCGAGGAUUUGUUUAAUUAUUGCAGUCGGAGGUUCAAUCUUAAGACUGUUCUAAUGCUCGCUGAUCAGAUGUUAAAUCGAGUCGAGUUUAUGCAUGUCCGCGGAUUUCUUCAUCGUGAUAUUAAGCCAGACAACUUUUUAAUGGGUCUUGGACGCAAAGCAAACCAGGUGUACAUCAUUGACUACGGGCUUGCCAAAAAGUAUAGAGAUCUUCAAACUCAUAAGCACAUUCCCUACAGGGAAAACAAGAAUCUGACCGGAACAGCUCGAUAUGCAAGUGUUAACACUCAUCUUGGAAUUGAGCAAAGUAGGAGGGACGAUCUGGAAUCUCUUGGCUACGUGCUUAUGUAUUUUCUUCGAGGAAGUCUGCCUUGGCAAGGCCUUCGUGCUGGUACCAAAAAGCAGAAGUAUGACAAGAUCAGUGAAAAGAAAAGGCUUACACCUGUUGAGGUUCUCUGUAAAUCAUUUCCACCUGAGUUCACAUCAUACUUUCUCUAUGUACGAUCAUUGCGGUUUGAAGACAAACCAGAUUAUCCAUACCUAAAGAGGCUUUUUAGGGAUCUCUUUAUCCGAGAAGGUUAUCAGUUUGACUAUGUAUUUGAUUGGACAAUCUUGAAAUAUCCGCAGUUCGGCUCUAGUUCCAGCUCCAGCUCAAAACCAAGAUCGAGCCUUAGACCAGCUCUGAAUCCUCCUGUGCCAUCCGGAGAGAGACCAGAGAGACCUUCGGCUGCUGGACAAGACAGCCGCGACAGAUUCUCGGGAGCUUUGGAGGCAUAUGCUAGAAGAAAUGGCUCAGGAAGCGGUGCGGUGCAGGCUGAUCGAUCGAGACCAAGAACCUCAGAUAAUGUAUUAGCAUCAUCAAAGGACACACCACCACAAAACUACGAGAGGGUUGAGAGACCAAUUUCUUCAACCAGACACGCAAGUUCUUCAAGAAAAGCCAUUGUCUCAAGCGUUCGAGCCACUUCCUCAGCUGAUUUCACUGAGAACCGCUCGGCCAGAGUUGUCCCUAACAAUGGCCGUUCCUCAACCGCUCAACGGAUUCAGCUUGUACCUGACUCGACCUCUAGACCAUCGUCCUCUUUCACCCGAGCUGCACCAUCCAGGACUGCUCGCGACAGCAUGCUCCAGAGCUUUGAGCUACUCACGAUAGGGAAUGGGAAGAGGAAGUGAGAGGCUUUUACGAUUAAUGAAUGGGGGACAUUUUUAUGGUUACUUUUGAUUUUUUUAUUUUGAGAAAUUGUCGGUUUGCUGAUUGAAGGAAUAAAAUGAUGUCUGUGAUAAAUAUAUAUAUUUCUUAUGUUUUAA